AUGAAGCAGUUUCUUGUGUUUGUCUUCUUUUUGGUUCUGAUGACCACUUUUACAGACACUUCACCAAUUUUGUAUGAAAAAGACGCCAAACAGAUUAUGAGAACUCGUCGUGAAGACAGACCAAGAAAAGCUGGCUUCCCUGAUGGAGCCAAUGAGG